ACAGAAAAUACCAACGGGGGAGUUAAGAGCUCCACCCUAAGGUAGUAGUUGCCCAGAGUUCGCCAGCAAGGGUUUUUUAUCUCUUAUUGAUAGCACCGCGCUGGCCGAACAGGGCUUGGUUCUCGGAGCUAAUCUCUUCCCUCGACGGCUCGCCUUGGGCGAUUCCGAACAGGAAGGAUCUUCUAUCUCAGGCACAGGGCAAUAUUUCAUCCCUGCCCGAAUUGUGGAAUCUUUCAUGUUUGGCCCCUAAGGGUACCAACUGAGGGACACAGGGCUUUCUCCUGAGGUUAUCGAGACCUUUUUAAAUGCCAGGAUUUUUCCACUUGGAAGAAGUUUGGGUGAGAUCUUAGGGCAGAAGAGGACCUCUUCGCCUCUAUGAAUAGCGCAAUGUCUCCUCUACUUCUCCCUAAAAUCACCCAGCCCCCUUGGGUCUGGACGUUAAGACACAUACCCAGAAUGCAUCUGUAUGCGUUUCUUUCCCCGGUUUCUCUGCUCCCGGGAGUCCUGCCUCCUUUUAAUGGCGCUGCACUGGCCGAACAGGGUAUGUUUGUCGGAGUUAAUACCUGUCCUCGACGGCUCGCCUUGGGCGAUUCUGAACAGGGAGAACCUUCUUAUCCUUGGCCCGAAUUGUGAAACCUUUCAUGUCUGGCCCCUAAGGUAACCAAAUGAGGUUCACAGGGUUUUCUCUUGAGGUUAUCGAGACCAUUUCAAGUGCUAGGGCUCCCUCCACUUGGAACUGAUCUGGGUAGAUUUUAAGAGGACCUCUUAGCCUCUGUUGAUAGCGCAAUGUCUCCUUUGUGAUGCUGCAGGCUGGUCCUCUCCGCACACAUUCAUCAAAAUGUAAUGGUUUAGAUGUUUAUGCUACUCCGGGCUCUUAUGCCCUUGAGUCGACAUCUCAAGCUCAUGUCUGAGACCUCUCACGUUUUUGUGAGUACACUGCACAACCGUAGGGGUCCGGACAGCCCCCAGGUUCUGCUAAUUAAACAUUGAAACAUUUUCAAAAAUAUUUCAAUAGAAGAAAUCUCCCAAAAACAUGAGUUGUGAAAAUUAAGAUGUGAUCUAGAAGUUUUAUACAGUGCAUGCUAUUUGUGUUUCUCAAAGCCUAAUUUUUAUUCCCGUCAAAAAUAAAAAUAUAGCAUUACUAUGUAUAAGGUCAAUAUAAUAAUACAUUCAAUAGCCUCUUUGCUUUAAUCAUCAACUUUGUCUCUCUCUGUAUUCCCCCAGAUCCAGUGAACAUGACAGAGAUUAAAGAUGACCGCCGGUUUCACAAACUUACACAACAGCAGGUGGAGACUUUGGACCAGGUUCUUACAGAGGUCAUUCCCAUUCAUGGUAGGGGCAAUUUCCCAACCCUGGAAAUCAAGCCCAAGGACAUCAUCCACGUGGUGAGAGACAGACUGAUAUUUAAGAAUAUCAAGGUGAGAGAUGUCCGUCUCAAUGGCUCAACAGCCAGUCAUGUGCUGGUCAAAGAGAAUGGCACCAGUUAUAAAGACUUAGAUAUCAUCUUUGGUGUGGAGCUUCCAAAACAGGAGGACUUCCAGAUCAUCAAGGAGGUGGUUCUAGGCUGUCUGCUGGACUUCCUACCUAAAGGAGUCAACAAAGAUAAAAUCACAGCUCUCACCAUGAAAGAGGCUUAUGUACAAAAAAUGGUUAAAGUGUUCACUGAACAUGACAGAUGGAGUCUCAUUUCCCUCUCAAACAAUAGCGGGAAGAACGUGGAGCUCAAGUUUGUCAACUCUCUACGACGACAGUUUGAAUUCAGUGUAGACUCCUUCCAGAUCAUCCUGGACAGCAUGCUACAAUCCUAUUUGGAAGACAAAUGCUUCAAGCUCUCACUGUCUUCAAUAGAACUGCCUUGCAUUACAGUGAUGGCUGAGAGCAUGUAUGGUGACUUUGAGCAGGCUAUGGACCACCUCCGUUACCGGCUAAUAGCAACACACAAUCCUGAAGAAAUCAGGGGUGGAGGCUUGCUCAAGUACAUUAAUCUAAUUGUCCGGGACUUCAAGCCUGCUAGUGAAACUGAAAUUAAAACACUUGAGCGCUACAUGUGUUCACGCUUCUUUAUUGACUUCCCUGAUGUGAAUGAGCAGCAGCGCAAGAUUGAAUCAUACCUGCGCAACCAUUUCAUUGGAGAGGAGAAGAGCAAAUACGAUUACUUAAUGACACUUCGAAGAGUAGUCAACGAGAGCACCGUGUGCCUGAUGGGACAUGAGCGCCGUCAGACCCUCAACAUGAUAACCAUUCUAGCACUCAAAGUUCUGGGUGAGCAGAACAUCAUCCCAAAUGCAAACAAUGUAACCUGCUACUACCAGCCUGCACCAUAUAUGGCAGACCACAACUUCAACAACUAUUACAUUGCAAAUGGCCAGUCCCCACUUAUAUACCACCCCUACCCCCUACACAUACACAUGCAGACAGGACUAGUUUAG